AGUGCAUUAUAAGCAGUAGUACUGGUGUUAUUACAAUAGAACGAGCAUCAGCCAUGAACAUCAGCUUCGAAGGAAAGCGCAUUCUCGUGACCGGUGCUGGUCAAGGUAUCGGCAAAGAAUUAGUUCUACGUCUCUCCAAGUACAAGGCAGAGGUGUUCGCGCUCUCAAAAACGAAGAAGAACUUGGACAGUUUGGUGGCGGCCGACCCGAAAAUACAUCCGAUCUGUGUAGAUCUUCGCGAUUGGGAUGCAACUCGGAAGGCUGUUGAGAACAUUCUGCCGAUCGAUUUAUUGGUCAAUAAUGCCGGGGUCGCAUGCCUUACGCCAUUCUUGGAUGCCACACCGGAGGAAUUUGACCUGACUUUUGAUGUCAAUGUGAAGGCUGUAUUGAACGUGUCCCAAGUUAUAGCCAAGAACAUGAUCGAACGCAAAAGCGGCGGCAACAUUGUAAAUAUAUCGUCGCAGGCCGGUCAGGCGGCAUUAAAGGAUCACGCCGUUUAUUGCGCGUCCAAAGGAGCCCUUAACAUGUUAUUCAAGACGAUGGCUCUUGAAUUGGGUCCGUAUAACAUAAGAGUUAAUGCGGUCGGUCCUACAGUCGUGAUGACGGAAAUGGGAAAAUUGGGUUGGAGCGAUCCACAGAAAGCACAAGAUAUGAUCAGCAAAAUUCCACUGGGUCGAUUUGCCGAAGUUGACGAAGUAGUGGAUGCUGUCGUAUACUUAUUGAGUGACCGGAGUUCCAUGAUUACUGGCGUCAGCUUGCUCGUGGAUGGUGGUUUCGUAGUUUAACUUAACAUAAAAAGCAAUUUGAGGUCCAUUCUUUUAAAAAACAAUAUUCAAUUAUAUUAUAGAUGCAUUAAUCUCUAUUAUAAAAAUUUUAUAUCUAUGGAUUUGUGUAGAUUAAUGGAGUUACAUAUUUUUUUAAC